AUGCCACUUAGAUCCAACGUAUGGAGAGCAGGAGAAAGCUCCCGUCCACAAGCCAGCCGUGGAGUCAGUCCCGUGGCAGAACGCUCGGAGAUUGACCGCGGCCAUCAAGCCUUUCGACCUCAACGAGAGCAGGUUACGCGACCACCAUCCAGGGGAAACCCAUCGGCCAUCUUGCGGCCCUCCUCGAGACGUCAGGAACACUAUGAAGCUGAAUCUGAACUAUCAGACACCGGAUCCACCCUAGUAAUGGGAGAUCCCCCAUUUUACCCCUCCGCUCGAGGGAAGACCCAGAUGACGCCUAACAGAGUGAGCCUGCGUCCCCGUAUGGUCUCCAGCCGUCGAGAACCAACCUAUCAUACCCAACAAGGGUUUAAUAACCUGACUUUGAGGCACAUGAGCACCCCCUUCUCUGAGGACAUAAUGAAUGCCCCGAAAGAACCUAAAGUUAAAACUCCCACCAUUGAAGCCUAUGAUAGUACCACCGAUCCAGAUAUGCACCUAGUUGCAUAUCGUCACCACAUGUUCAUGGCACACAAGGAAGAAAGGAAAACAAGCAUGCAUUUAGGACGCAUUCAACAAGGAAAAGACGAGUCACUAAGAAGCUAUGUGAAGCGUUUCAAUCUAGAGGCUGGACAGAUUCCAGAUCUUCCCGAUGGCGUCUCCUUCGAUAAUUUUAUCAGGGGACCGAAGAAAGGAUCAUUCAAGUUUGACUUAGUUAAGAAGAGUGUUCGGACUAUGGCUGAAGUAUUAGAUGAAGCUGAAACAUUUAUCCACGCAACAGAGAUAUGCAGCGCGUCCAAAGAGGGAAAGAGUGGGGAGGCAACAAACUCCUCAGGGAAGAAAGACAAGAUAGACCGAAAAGCCCCACGAGUAAAUGGUACUUGGGCUCUUUCGAAAGAGCAUGAUACCAAUUUCCCUGGACACAAGAGAGAACGUCCACAAGAAAGAGAAUAUUUCGAGUACAACACAGACCUUCUCACAAUACUGGUAGACGUCGGGACCAGGUUCGACCUUGAACGACCUUUCCCCAUGAGGUCUCCUGCUGAAAAUCGAGACCCUAAGCUGUAUUGCCAGUUCCACGAGGACAUAGGACAUGACACCAAGAACUGCAGAAGCUUGAAGAGAGCCUUGGACGGCCUAGCCUCCAAAGGGCACCUAAAGAAAUACUUGCAAAGGAGUACUCACGGCUCGGGGAAGAACCAGUACAAAAAGAACAAGUCACCUGUCUCACCUACAGAGGGAAAUCACAUCGGAGGGGAAUUUGUAGCCGUCAUAUCCGGGGGGCCAGCCGCUGGGGGACCCACCAUGAGGAGACAGAAAGACUAUGCCCGCCGCCUAGGUCAAGUAAUGUUGUCAGGGAAGUCACCGGUGGACCCAUUUCCUCGGAUAGAGAUAUGUGAAUCGGAUGGUGGAUGGGUAGCCACUCGACAUGAUGACCCCCUCGUGGUCGAGAUCAAAAUCUCCAACAUGAGAGUGAAGCGUAUCCUGAUAGACACUGGAAGUUCGUCUGACAUAAUGAGCAUGGAGUCCUUCAGCCGCCUAGCCCACGAUCCCAAAACCAUAGAAAGCAUACAUUAUCCCAUCAUUGGUUUUGGAGGAAGCAUCAUACAUCCCGUAGGCGUCAUCAACUUGACGGUAUGA